AUGGCGAAACGCGUAUCUCAGGGAGGAGCAGGAGGAGGCAUCAUGUCCGCCACUCCUCGUCGUAGUCUACUGACUCCUGGAGGUUACAUGACGCCGCGCAACAAUCUAGCUUCAUCCUCUCUGCAAGCCGCGCACAAUAUUCCUUCUUACGACUUGCCCUCGCACGCGCUGCUAGACCUUACGGGCGAUUGCAAACCUUCGUUGCACUUUGCUCCGUUGCAGGAGAGCAUCAAGCAGUUUGGAGAUGCGAUUGAUCGAUGGGUCAGCAAGACUUUCAACGAGUGGCAGGAUGAGAAGCUGGGAAAUGAACAGAGGGAGAUGGACCUUGUGAGAGAGAUCAAGGAAAAGGAAAAGUUGAUUCAGGAGGCUAAAGUAGCUCAGGGUCAAUUGUAUGCUGGUGAGUUGAUGGCAACGGAAGGAGGAGGAGGAAGAGAUGUUGAUGUGGGGGGAGACGUGUUGAUGGAUGGAAGGGGCGAGGCGGGCGAGGCGGGGGGCGCAAUGCUGUGUUGCAAAGGUCCGAUGCGGCCACACUGACUGACGCUUUGAUUUGGUCUCGCAUGCAAACGCCUCAGAAAUCGCCUCGGAGCGCGAAGCCGAUUCUUCUGCGCGUCAGGAGCUUCGAGAUCUCGAGAGGCGUUUGGCCAGCGUGAAUGCGCAAUCCGAAUCCGCUUCCAAGGAGUUGGCCGAGGUGGAGGAGAAGCUGAAGCGGAAAAGGUCGGAGAAGCUGGACGAUAGGGAGAUCAUCAAGCGGCAACAGGAGAGCAAUACGGUCGAGUUGAACCAUCUUGAAAGGUGCACUGGGCUGAGGAUCGAAGGUACGAAACAGGGUGAGUAUUGUCAGUGAGAGCCCGAGCAUCGCAUCGAUGUUCGACGUGUCGGUGUGCCAUCUGGCUUAGCGCCAUCCUACCUCUUUUUUAUUCUUUAAAAAGCUUCGACUGUACGCUACGUCUGGUCGCUCGUCAAUCCCGACGAGUACGGAGAGGAGGUGGAGGCGGUGGUGGACCUGAGCGGCAGCGAUUACAAGCGUGAGCACAAGCGGCCGUUUCAUUUUCCUGCCGCGACACGAGUGGCACCACUGACCACAUGCGCAUCGCCCCCCGGAACCCAAACGCAUUCCAUCUCGUGCACGCUUCAGUCCUCUCUCAUUCCCCACCUCUACCCAAGGAAAAGUUGGAUCAAGUCAUGAAGGAGCUGAACUCCAGCAGAAAAGUCUGGGCUUGGGUCGUCAAGAUGAGGAGUCUCUUUAGGGAAGAGGUGGAAAGACUUCGAGCGGAGCGCAAAGCUAGGGGAGAAUAG